AUGGGAAAAGGUGCUUUAUUCGGUAAGCAGCAGUUGGACAUGUGCAGUACACUUCCAAACGGCUCCAGUCUGAUUCACUUCAUUUCCAGCUCUGGUGAUUCGGACUCACUACCAAGUACGAACAUCCUGCAGACAGCUAACGAGCGCUAUACUGCAGAAGCGCUGAUAACCAGACGCGUGAAGAAGUCUAUGAUCCUUGGAUCAAAGAUGUGCAACCUCUCUGAUGAUUCGAACUCACUACCAAGUACGGACAUCCUGAAGACGGCUAACGCGCGCUAUACUGCAGAAGCGCUGAUGACCAGACGCGUGAAGAAGUCUAUGUUCUUGGGAUCAAAGAUAUGCAACCAUCUGGACAACAUGGAAGUACCAUUUGCCCUUGCAGCUCUUCGCACACCAGCCUUCUACCACACUGCUUCUCUACCCAUCUCACAAUGCAAUUCAAUCAACCCAUCUGUCAAUCCCCUAGCCACCGUUCCCCGUCUCAACUAUCGCCCAGAAAAACAAACUAAAACAAUCAUCAGAUCCUAUUCCACCUCUCCUCUUCAACUUUGUCAUUGA